AUGUCCUCUUCGAAGUCAAAACAGACUCCAAACAAUGUUUGUGACGGCGAUGAUACGUCUUUGCGAUCCGUCAGUUCUGAGGACGUUUCCCAAGCUCCAAAAGGUUACUGCUGUGCCAAAUCCUUCAAUCCUGCUGAUGGAAGGGGUCGAAAGAUCCAUCUGAUGCAGAUGCUCAUCCUUCCUUUCAUUCCUAUCAUGGCUCUCAUAAUUCAGACUUCGGUUCUGUUGGAUAAUAUAUUGACCACUAGGAGUGAAGUUAUGGAAAUCGAGAAUCAGGUGACAUUCGCUACAGAGUUAGGAAAAGUUGUAACCAGAAUGCAGUUGGAGAGAUCAGAAGUAGCAUUCAAUGUUUUUACAAGCGUCUCCUCAAAAAGGAUAGAUUUGGAUACACGAUUCGGACUCACCGAUGAAGCAAUCAAGAAUAUGAGUAGUUGGCCACCAAUACACUUGCAGGACAACGAAAAAUACUACCCAGAUAGGGACAGUUUUCAAAACAGUCUGAAAACAUUUCGGCAAUAUAUUAUGAAAUCUGAAGAGGGAUCAGUAGGAGAGGUUUUGAUAUGGUAUACGUCUGUGAACGCCGCAUUAUUGGAACAUCUCACUAACCAAAUCAAGGAAAACGAUAACAGUGGUGUAUGGAGAUACCUGUUGGCCUUCAAAAAUCUCCUGAAAAGCAUCGAGAGUAUAGGAAUAGCAAGUGUCUAUGGAGUGAACUAUUUUGGAAAAGGACAUCUACGCCACCAGAACUAUAAAAAUUUCAUUAUGCAAGAUGCGCUUGGAAAAGAUCUACUAAAUACUUCAUUGAAUUAUGUGUCUCUGAUAAAAGAAGAAUAUCGAAUGUUAGCCAGUACCAUGCCGAAUUAUGGUAAUAUUAAAGCUAAAAAUGAAAUCAUUCUUGCCAAUAAUAACAGAACACCAAGUGAUGCUGAUGCUCGUGAAUAUUUUGACUUGAUGGCCAAUUAUAUCGACGAACUGAGGAGGAUUCAAAGAUCCCUGAGAUUUAUAAUACAAGAUUACGUCGAUGAAAAUCUUCGUGACUCUGCUAGAAGUGAAGCAAUCGGCAUAGCAAUUCUCGUUCUGGUAUUAUCAUUAUCUCCAGUGAUAAUUUGGCUAGUAAGGAACGCCGUCGCCACUAUACAGUUAUAUGCUGCUAAUUUAGCCAAAAAGGCUAAGGAAUUGAAGAGGGAGAAAAGGAAGAGUGACUUGUUGCUCUUCCAAAUGUUGCCACCAAGCGUGGCAACACAGUUGAAGCAAACUAGGCAGGUACCCGCUGAAUAUUAUGCAUCAGUCACUGUUUACUUCAGUGAUAUUGUUGGAUUUACUGAAAUUGCAGCAGUCAGUACUCCUCUAGAAGUAGUUACGUUCCUGAACAAAAUAUACAAACAAUUUGAUGCGAGGAUAGAGUGCUAUGAUGUCUACAAGGUUGAGACAAUUGGAGAUUCAUAUAUGGUUGCUUCAGGACUACCAGUGAAAAAUG